ACAAGACAUUGACAAAUCAACGAAAGACAAAAGGCGGAGUCGUCCAAGUUUUGUGAAAACUCUCUUUUAACUAUGUACUAGUAGGAUUAUGCUUGCUUUUACACUACUAUUACUACUAAAAUACCCACCCAUUUGCUAACGUCUCUAGUAAACCGCGUGCAUUUGCUUUUUUUUUUUUUUUUUUUUUUCUUUUUUCCAUUAUUCCCUCCUUGUGUUGUGUACCGAAAGCACAAUUCAUAGCACACCCUUUUACGGUUUCUUUCUCAUAUUACAGAAGGCCUUUUUUGUUUUAAUUAAUGGAAAUCCCAAUUUCAGCUCUUCAUUAGGCUUUCUUGAAAACUGCUUUUCAAAUAAGGAAUGAUUAUUGUAGUCUGUAAGGUGUCAGUGUGAACAGUGUGCCUGCAGGGGUAUGGGGGUUGUAUUGACCUGCUGAUGCUUGGUGCUCAUUACUUGCCAAAUUUAGCGAACAACAUAUAAGCUCCAUCGUAGUCUUGCAACAUGGUCAAGUUUCUUGCUUUUGGAAAAAGAUUGAAGAAUGGUUCAUAAAGCUGAUUUAGUUAUUAUUGGAAUUUGUGUCGGUGUGGCUUUUGGAAUUCUCAUUGCAUCACUUGUGUUUUUUGGAAUUCGGUGGUACAAAAGACAUGCUCGUCUUCAGGGCCAUGCGAACGAACGAAGCAUAGCAACUCUUCCAAUACGGACAAAUGGAGUUGAAACAAGCGUUGAUUUUAGUGCAUCUCUGUCGAAUUCUGUAGCUAUUAAGACGUCAGGAUUUCCUGCUAAAAAUUCACAACACAGUUGGUGGAGUCACCCUAGUAAAGAUCACCUUGUUUCAGCAUCUGGAAUACCAAGAUACUCUUACAAGGACAUUCAAAAAGCUACCCAGAACUUUACAACCAUUCUGGGACAAGGCUCUUUUGGCCCAGUGUACAAAGCUACACUGCCUUCUGGUGGAGUAGUUGCCGUGAAAGUUCUUGCUACUGACUCAAAACAAGGAGAGAAGGAGUUCUUUACAGAGGUAACACUUCUAGGUAGGCUUCAUCAUCGGAAUUUAGUAAAUUUGGUGGGCUAUUGUGUUGAUAAAGGACAUCGCAUGUUAAUCUAUGAAUUCAUGAGUAAUGGAAGUUUGGAAAACCUUUUAUACAGUGAGGAAUACAGCUUGAGUUGGGAAGAUCGGGUGCAAAUAGCCCUUGAUGUUUCACAUGGCGUUGAGUAUCUCCAUGAUGGGGCAGUUCCCCCAGUGAUACACCGUGAUUUGAAGUCUGCCAAUAUAUUGCUAGACCAUUCUAUGAGAGCUAAGGUUGCAGACUUUGGGCUUUCAAAGGAAGAGGUAUAUGAUGGCCGCAACUCAGGCCUUAAGGGUACAUAUGGCUACAUAGAUCCAAUGUAUAUAUCCACAAGCAAGUUUACAACAAAGAGUGACAUAUAUAGCUUUGGCGUUAUCCUUUUUGAACUAAUCACCGCUAUUCAUCCACAUCAGAACUUAAUGGAAUAUGUAAAUCUUGCGGCCAUGAGCUCAGAUGGGGUUGACGAGAUCCUGGACAAGAAGCUUGUUGGAACAUGCAGUCUAGAGCAAGUGAGGAGUCUUGCUGCAAUUGCACAUAAAUGCAUACACAGAACACCUAGGAAGCGUCCUUCCAUGGGCGAAAUUUCACAUGCAAUAUUGAGAAUAAGACAGAAGCGCCUUGUCAAAGAAGAUACCAUGUCCUUUACAGGUUAUGACAGUUCAAGAAUGGCAAGUAGGAUAGAACAGCAGCAGGUUGAAUUGAGAAACAUGGCCGGCAUUAAUGAAAGAGAAGCUGAAUGACACUUUUCAUGAGCACUUUUGUCUUUUCAUUCUUUGUUUCAAAGUUUCAGCUUAUUUUUGCAGCACAAAAGAUAUAGGAAAGACAUUAAAGCAUCAUGCAAAGUGUUGAAUCAACAAAUUGACAUGGAAUUGUGUUUUUGGAUAUGACUUUUAAGUUAUAUACACUAACAAGGUAUAUAUUUCCUGAUAUUAUUAAUUUAAUUUAACAAAGUG